AUUAUUUGGGCCGGCCCUUUUUAGAAAGGGUAGCGAAAGGGCCCAACCUACCGGCCGUGCUUCUCCUCUUUUGUAUCGAAAUCGGAUAGGAUUCCUGGAAGGGGAUCCGCGUCGUUCUAGAUCUCGGUGAAGCGAGGAGAAGGAGACCAAUAAGAAUCCUAUAAGAAUCGAGGCCGGCGAAGAUCCAUGGCGGCGGCGCUUCGAUCCGCGGCGAGGAGGCUCUGGCUCGGCCGUGGCUCCCUGCUCCAGCGAACGCAGGCGGAGGGGCUCUUCUCGCCAAGCAGAAGCAGGCUCGUCCACACCAGUGAGCAUGCUCCUACAGACCUUACGCGUGAGAUCCAGGAGAAGAGAGAUGAGGUACGAAACUUGGUAUCUAAGGCGGUGCAGAAGAAAAGGGAGUUGUAUGCGUUGGGUAAGGCAGACAAGAAUUGUGAGACUCUUGGUGAGCAUCACAUGCUUCCACUAGCACUCCCAUAUCUUUCUCGGCAAAAAGUCGUUCCAAAACCACAUGGCACUCUCAGGACCUUGAUGCGGUUCGCUACAAGGGCUAACGCUUUGCUGGAUGCAGCUGCCCACGCGACAAUCUUCAUUUUGGUUACUACUGCUUGGGUUAGAGCUAGGGGCGGCAUUGGGGUAAAAGCCCAAACUGUUGAUGAGGAAAAUCAGGGAAGACAAGAUUGAAAAUUGAGAACCAAAGAUGGCUCCGCCAGCUUGUUUUCAGUUAAGUUAUGAUGACUUACAGUUUGGCUAGCUAGCUAGCACUAUGACAUUGUUGUGAUAUUGUGUGACAUGAUAUGUUAUCGUAUCUCUAUCUAUCCGAGUAGAUUGCAUGUA